GUCCGCCGCUGCUGCACCCUGACCCGGCCUGGACGGACCGUGUCUCCCCCUCUGUCCGCUCCUCUCCUGUCCUCUCUGUCUCCUCAUGCGUCCACAGAAGGGAUUCCUGUGAAUAAAACGAGCUCUGGGAUGCUGUUGAUGGAGUGAGACAUUGCUGUCAAGGGAGAUCAUAACCAGGCAGAGAAGCAAAUUUGAACCUAAUCACUUAAACUGAGUUGGAACGGCACAAUGGACGGAGUAGACGCCUUGCAGAGCUCGGCUCCAGAGACCAAGGCUGAGCGGAUCGCCCGCUACAAAGCAGAGAGGAGGAGGGAGCUUGCCGAGCGCUAUGGCAACACCGAGGAAUUCACCUCCAAAUAUGUCCGCAGGGACAAGAAAAUUGCUGAGACGUCCGAAGCAGUGUCUUCAGUGACCAAGGAUAAUGGAUCGGAGCCAACGUACAGCAGGAGGGGCCUCAGGAGUAAAGUGGCUGACCCUGUGGAGCUCACUGAGGACGAGCCCACCCAGGAUAAAGAGGCUGCAACUCGCAUCAGAACAGACACAACUUUAUCCUCUAAAUCAGAGCUCGUCUCCUCCAAUAAGACGUCCUCUCCCUCCAGGCGACUGGAAACCGAUGACACCGAGGAGCCACAAGUCGAUGGUACACCUGUUAACUCCUCCAAGAAGUCUGCUACAACUAAAAAGUAUCUGUUCAAGGACCCGGAGGGGACAGACGAUGGAAGCAGCCGUCGACAGGCCGGUGACGGAGUGAAACGUCUAAUGAGCAGCGAGGAAGACGAGGCCUUCACCAGGCUUCAUAAAUCUGACACAGGCCAGACAAUGGGGGAGAAGGAGGCCUCGGAUGAACCUUCAUGGAACGAGCAGCAGGAAGAUGGUGCCGCCGCCGCCGCCGAGGAAAGAGAGGCGUCCAGUCUCCUUUCUGACAGCAAGCACAGAGACGCCUCUCCCCCUCCCUCCCCCCCCUGCCAGCCUCCCUCUCUACAACGCCAGGACUCGGGGCCUCGCGGCAUCAAGGGAAUCCUAAAGAAAUGUCGCUCCACCAGCGUGGAGUCGGACCACAGCGAGGGCUCGGCGCCGGAGGGCCAGCCAGCUCGGCAAAGCAGCGUCACCCUCAGCCACCAUGAGAGUGAGGAAGAGAAGCAGAAGACUGAUGAAGAGGAGGAGAAGGAGAAAGAGGAGGAUGAAGAGGAAGAGGUAGAGGAAGAGGUAGAGGAGGAAGAGGAAGAAAUGGAGGAUGAGGACUACGAGGAAAACGAGGGCGAGGAUGAGUCACCGACGGACGAUGUCCCAGACGGCUUCAGCAUCAACAGACAGCUCAGCGCGGGAAGCAGCGGCAGCAGCAGAGGAAGUUUUGAGGAGAUGCAAAGUUCGUCGGCUGACGAGAGUCUGGAGAAGAUGUCCACGGUGUCGGAGGACGCUGAGGAGCUGGAGAGCAGCUUGGAUGGAAGUGGUGGCUCCUCCCUCAAACAGAGAAUGUCAGAGUUCAGCAGUAAAGAUGAGAAGAAGGACAGACUGAAGAAGUCCAAACCAGCCGAGCUGAUCCAGACGUCACUGGCCGAUCGCUUCAAUAAGCUCCAAGGUGCCGAAAACGCCUGGAAGAAAAAGAAGUCCGGCCCAGAGGUGGAGCCCAAGAUGUCGCUGAUGGACAGGAUGAAGAUCCUCAAGGAGAAGGAGGAGCAGUGGAAGAACAAAGGCAAAGGAGCAGCCAAUGACUCCGUCCAGUUCACUGUGGCCGGACGCAUGGCCAAGAGGGGUGUUGUCUCAGAGGAGAUGCCUCUUAUCUCCAUUAAGAAAUCGAACAGCACACCUGUGAAGCCACAUGAAGAAAUCUCCAGUAGAACUGAUGUCAAGGUGGAGGGAGACAAACGACUCGACAAACUUGAGUCCUUCCUCGACAAGCUCCACAACAAAGGCGUGAGCAAAAACAAGACGUCCACCAUUGAGGUGACGGCAGAGACGGAGAAGGAAGUGAUGACCCUGGAUGACGACGAGACCUUCGGCAACUUCUACAAAUCCGUCUCGCCCUCCUCGCUCCACGACUCGGUGGUCGUCACCGAGGAGGACUUCAGCCUGAUUCAGGCCGAUACACCAAAACUCAUCUCGACCGUGACAGAACACAAGCGUGCGAUGCGACCCGCCCGGAGGAACCAGGGCUCCAGGAACCCCCUGCGAGCGCUGGCUGCUCGCAACGACCUCCGGCAGGUUUACACCGAGCAGCGGCUCAAUGUGGCCUCAGUGGAAACCAAGAGGAUCCAAGUGGAGAGGAUGGCGAAACACUCCAAACACAACCUGGCCGACGUGGCCUUGGCGGGUCUCGCCAGCAAGGAGAACUUCCGCAAGGUCAACCUGCGCAGCGUCAAGUCCACAGACGUCGUGACCAACAACAGUGCGCUGCCUUUCAACAAGCUCAUGCUUAUUCGCAUCAAAGGUCGGAGGCACGUCCAGGUUCGCCUGGUGGAGCCCACAGCCCGCUCUCUGAACAGCGGCGACUGCUUCCUGCUCAUCACGCCCAAGCACUGCUACAUGUGGAGCGGAGAGUUCGCCAACGUCAUUGAGAAAGCCAAGGCGUCGGAGAUGGCAUCCUUCAUCCAGGCCAAGAGGGACCUGGGCUGUAAGGCGCCGCAGGUCACGGUGCUGGAGGAAGGAAUCAACACCGAGACCAGAUGGGCCAAAGAGUUCUGGAGCCUGUUGGGAGGAAAGACCAAAUACAGAGGUGUAGGGGAGCCGGAGGAAGAUGAACUGUACGAGGCAGGGAUUCUCGACUCUAAUGGGGUGUACAGACUCCAGGGAGACAAGCUGGUGCCUCAUGAUGAUGCAUGGGCCUCCAUCCCGAGUGUCUCCAUGCUCAACUCCAGUGAGGUGCUCGUGUUUGACUUUGGCGGUGAAGUGUACGUGUGGCACGGGAAAGACGUGUCCUUGGGCGACAGGAAAGUGGCCGUGAAACUGGGCAAACAGCUCUUCAGCGGCAGCUACGACUACAGCAGCUGCAGAGUCAACCCCCUGGAUGCCUCCUGCACGAAUGAGGAUGUGCCACAGCAGGGGGAGGGCCGUCCGAGCUGGACUCUGUUUGGUCGGCUGUCGGAGCACAAUGAGACGGCACUGUUCAGAGAGAAGUUCCUGGACUGGGCUGAGAAGAAGAAAGAGGAAGCAGCUCAAGCCGAGGAAAUCAUGAGUCCGGUCCAUUCCACCGGCCGCUCCUCAUUCGACUUGGAGCUGCAGCCGUGCGAUGCCAGAGCGCUGCUGGACAACGAGCCGGAGCCGGUGAAGACCGUCCUGGAGGGAGUGAAUGUCCAUCGGGGCCACGGCCUGGUGAGGACAGAGGACGGGAGGCAGGCGGAGCUGGCCACCAUCGCUGUAGACAGCUGGCACAUUAAAGAGCACAUCGAGGAGGAGCUGCCCAAAGAGAGUCUGGGCCAGCUGCACGAGGGCGACGCCUACAUCAUCCGCUGGAAAUACUCCGUCACCACACUGGUGGGGAAGCGGCAGAAACCCGGGGAGCUGAGCGCCGGAGCUCCGGGUCGAGAGAGGACGGCGUGUUUCUUCUGGCAGGGCCGACAGUCCAGCAUCAGCGAGAAGGGAACCUCGGCUCUGAUGACAGUGGAGCUGGGCAGCCACCGGGGGUCACAAGUGUUGGUGAGUCAGGGGAAAGAGCCGCCCUGCUUCCUCCAGCUCUUCCUGGGAGGUUUGAUCAUCCACCAGGGCAGCAGAGAAGAUGCUGCCAACAACACAGGUGGCUGGAGGCUGUUCUGUGUCCGUGGCGAGGCGGAGGUGGAGGCCUCGCUGGUGGAGGUGAACUGCCAGAGCGCCAAUCUGCGCUCACGUGCCAGUCUGGUGCUUCUGAACUCCCAGAAAGCUCAGCUGUACCUGUGGCACGGCUGUAAAUCACAAGCCCGGGCCAGGCAGGUCGCAAAGAGAGCUGCGGACAAACUAACCCAGAGAUGUCCCUCCGAGUUGGGUCUGAGCAGCAGCAGCACUGUGACAGUCGAGGAGGUGGAGGAAGGUGCCGAGCCCUCGGAGUUCCUGAAGGCUCUGGGCUUGAAGGACAAGAAGGCGUACGACUGUAUGCUGCAAGAUCCUGGGAAGUACAACUACACGGCUCGGCUGUUCAAGCUGAGUGCCAGCUCUGGGGUGUUCGAAGGGGAGGAGCGGCUGUAUCCUGCUCGGGUGCCGGAGGGAGUCAUGGCGAUGCCGUUCCUGCAGGAGAACCUCUACGACGCAGAGCAGCCAGCUCUGUUCCUGCUGGACAACCGUAUGGAGGUGUACCUGUGGCAGGGCUGGCAGCCGGAGGACACGCAGCGCACCGGCUCUGCAAAGAUGCGCUGGGACAGCGAGAGGAAGUGCGCCAUGGAGACGGUGCUGCAGUACUGCAAAGAAAAGAACCAACGGCGCCCCCCUCUGGCUUAUCUGGUCUACGCAGGCUGUGAACCCCUCACCUUCACUAACAUCUUCCCGUACUGGCAGAAAGAUUCCAGCUUCACUCCGGAGGUGGAGAACUCUAAGAACAAGGUGGUGUUGGUGAAGGAGGCGCUGUCUCGGCUCAGCAAGGAGCAGUACUCCAUCGAGGAGCUGACCGGCAAACCUCUGCCGGAGGGAGUGGACCCCCUGCGCCUGGAGGUGUACCUGUCCGACGAGGACUUCAAGACGCUUCUGGAGAUGAGUCGGGUGGAGUUCAACGCGCUGCCGAACUGGAAGCAAAAGAAUCUGAAGAAAAGCAAGGGUCUGUUUUAAAACCGUUUAUCUACACAAACUUGCCUCUUCAUGUUCUCUGCAGCUUUUCUUACAUUUUUUGUUUUUAUUCCAAGAAAAAAAGACAUUGUCCUAAUUUUGUCGAGGAUAAAGAAAAGCGAAUGUACAAUUUUGUUCAAAUGUUGAUCUAUUUUUAAUAGCAGUUCCUUUUUUAUUGUUUCCUUGUGUCCUAUUUUACCCAACAAUUAUGUGCAAUUGUUAAUCUUAUAAUGAAAUGUUUUCCUUUUCUGGUUUAAAAAAAAAAGAAAUAGUUAGCCUCAUAUUAUAAAUAUGUAAAAUACUAUAAAUGAAUGUGUUUUUAUGUUAACUCCAGACGUGUUGAUUUUCUGGUGACAAUUUGUAUAAAAAAAAUUCCUGUGGUGUGAAACUGGGGGAAUUAUUCAUCGAUUUUUGCAUUUCAUGGGAAACAGAAGUCGGCUCUGUGUGGUGGGAGUAAACCGUUGACAAAGAAACGUCAAUAAGUCAAAACAAAUCACAGCUCAGAACAAUCCCUGUAAUUUGAGGUCGUCUGAAAGAAAAGUGGGCGUGUGAAACUCAGCCUGUGUUCCAGUCUAAACAGAAGAAAUUAUUAGUUUUUAUCUUUGUCUGUCAUAACAGUAAAGUUAAGUAAGUCCCAAAGAUUGUUUUAUAUCAGUUUCAGCAAAAAUUGGUUGAAACUAAAAUGAUUAAAGUUUCAAUUUUGACUUUGACAUAAAAACUGACACUUUUUUUUACCAAGUUUGGUACGAGAUAUUUCCUGCUUCUCGUAAAUAACUGCCUAUAAACCGGUUGCUUGGGACCAAAUAGAAUCUUUUGUCUUGUUAUAAAGGGUUUUUGAAAGUGUGUGUGUGUGUAUGUGUGUGCAUGAAAUCUAUGUGUGUGUAAAUGUAUAACUAAAAGUAUUAAGUGUGUGUAUGUAAGAGAGACUGUGAGUGUGUUAUCUGUGCUCCUUCUAUAUGUUUAUAUACACAACAUACUGUCAAUACGUGUCUGCCCCGUGAUGUGCAAAGAAGAAAACAUGUUUUUCUAAACAAUCUCACAUUCAUUUGUUACAAUGUGCAUUUUUUUCUGUGAUAUAUAGGAUCUGCAUUAUAUGUGGAGACAGCGACCAGGUCAGCUUUUAUUUCUGAAACAUUGGUGGUCGGGGGAAAAAGAGACGAGAACGCUCAAAUUCCCUUUUAAAAUAAAGUAUUAAAAAAGUG